CGCUCAUUUCGAAUUUCUUUGUACAGGACACGAGAGAUAGGAUCCAAUACCAAGACUACUUUCUUCUCAGGAAGCGCAGAAAGUCCAUUCGGAAUUUUUGAAAUAGGCAUAAGUAGAUUCAGAACCGGUUGUUCAACUGAAACUGAGCAAUAUGGUUUUCGCACAGAAGAGAAGAUCAAGGAAGGGCACCGCUCAAACUGUAUAGGGCUUAGCGAUUAGAGAAGCGAAGCAGGCUUACUGAUAGAAAGAUCGAAAUCGAAAGGCAAAGAGAUAGGCAAGCGAGAAAGCGCAUAGCAGCACAAAAAAACAAAGACCUUCACGCGACGACCACGCGCGACGGGCGAUGAGUGGGUGUUUGCAAGGUCCCAGGUUAUGACACCGAUCAAGCUUAAGAAUUUGUGCUGGAGGGCAGAGGCUGUAGUUCCAACUCCAACGUAUGAAGAAAGAUCCGAAGAUACAGACGCAGACGCCUAACCAACAGAUUCUGUUUCCCCCGAACUAACGGAUUCAGUUUCUCUAGAAUCUUAAGCGACGAGGCCCUGGAAAAGAAGAUUCCGCAUCUAAAGACACAGAAUAUGGCGGUGGUUUACGGUCAAGAGUUUUUCCAAAUCUUAAUACUUCAAAAUUAGUAGAAAGAAGAAAGCCCCGUGCUUUGUCACAGGGCUGGUAAGGAAGAACAAUACGACAGAACAAUCUCCUUACCAAAGAAGCGCUAGCGUAUAGCGCGCUGCGAGGAUUGCGCUUGCUGCAAAGGAAAGGUAACCGUAACCGUAUCGUCUCUUACUAUUCCACAUUUUGGCUUAGGCUUUCUCUGGCUUUUCUACUCGUCUGGCAUUCUGUUCUCCUUUGUCUUAUUAUUUCAUUUUAAAACAUCUUUUUUUGUUAUUAUUCCUUUUAGUAGGUUGAAAAUCUACUUUGUUAUUAGCUUAGGUUGGGUUGAAUUUCCAGUCUUCGGGCCCGGAGUUCAUCCUGAGGCCGAGGUACGUAGUGACCUCUCUUGCUGGGCCUUUGUUUGAUAAGGAAUGGUCGGUUUGUUAGUCUUAAUCCAGCGACUGGCCUUGCUCCGAGCGAUAUCCGAAGUAUGGUUCGCUCGCUAGUUAUAUGCUUAACACAUGCAUCUGAGGUCAGAGGUGCCGCUAAGGUUAACUAUCUCAAUCUACAACUCAAUGUGAUUGGCUUCGUCCGGGCUCAGUCUCUUCCGGCCGCCUCAUACUACUUAUACUUACUCCACUCGCUAUGUUUUGCUGCCAAACGGACUCUCUCGGGGGUUUUCCCGUGAAUGUAAUGCUUAGCAACCCUUGCGCCCCUACCCGAGAGGCAAGCAAGCUUGGCGGCGCGAGUGAUGCGGUAACAAACCGAAUCCAAAGUACCUCGACGCAAAUUGCAUAAAUAGAAAAGAGGUGCCUAUCCGUUCAUCAAGUAAAGAAAGGCAUCGAUACAUCGAGGACCAGGUCGGUGGGGUGUGGAAGGAAAUGAAAUUCUUCUCGUCACAACCCCCCUUUUUUUUCGCUCGAAGCUGAAUGAAAGUCUUUCCUUUGGAGUCGAGUGAGGCGAAAUUCUCUUUUAAAGAAAUUCAGUUUUUUUUGUAGUCUCGUUCUUGCUCGUGAUUCUUGGGGGGUCGUGGAUGGAAAAAUGGGUUCAACUCCCAUAGCCCCGAUGUGGCGAAAAAGACUGAUUCAACGAGAUACCUUGCCUGCAUUAAGAUUUAAAACUUGUCGUCUACUUUCAGGAAAUGUUCGGAAGAGAGAACUUACAAUAAUACAACGCCGCAUUCUCCGAAGAUUGAGGAACAAGAAGAAAGAUAUUAAGAGAAAGAUUUAUCCGAGAGAAAAUCUUAACAGUUACAUCCAAUCACAAACUACACGAAAGUUGCCCCUUUUUCAUGGGGAUUUACCCAUCACAGAGAUGCACAGAGGAACAGAACGAACUUCAUAUAUCCCUUUUCUACUUAAUCCAGAAACAAGAUCGGACGUUAUUCCGGUUCGUCUCCAUUUUUGUGAAACUAUUCCUCAAGCAAGGCAGCCGAUAAGUCAUCGAAGGGUUUGUGUGAAUAAUGGAAUGGUAAGCAUUACUCAUUUGAAAGUGUCCCACGGUGAUAUAAUAUCUUUCAAAGCAAAUGACGCAAGAAUCCGCGGUGAAGAAAUAAGGAGAUUUUUCUAUAUCGAAAUAUCAGUUGAAAAAAUCAUAGGCAAAUUCCUGGAUCACCCGGUAAGAAUGUGGAGAAGAACCAAAACAGAAUGGUUCCACCUACUCAAAACUAAGAGGGGAUGCCGCCUACUACUAAAAUCCCGGUUUUUGCAACAGUUGCGUUCUUCUAUGCAAGAAGAAGACUUAGAAAGAACAAAGAAGUUUGGAUCCGAAAAAGUAUGCUUAGGCAGUUCCUUCGCUGAGCACAACAGAAUGAAGAGAAAUUUGUAUCAUUUCAAAUCCCUAUUCUUAUCGAAGAAAAGGAACGAGAAAAACCGAAAUCUUCCUACUCGAAUAAGAAGUCCUAUAGUUUACAACUCUUCUUUAUAUAGUAAUUCGAUCUAUUGCUCCGCGUCCCCCCAUCAGUUUACUAUGAAGAGAAGAAUCAAAAGGAUCGAACUACCUACUCAUUAUUCGGAGGUGAAUCAUAGAACACUAAAAGCUGUGGUAUCUUAUGGACCUAAGAUAGGUCAUAUCCCUCACGACAUAAGAUUGAAAGAUUUAAACCUUCCUCUUCGGAGCGGAAACGGACGUGGCCAAAACAUAUAAAGAUCGGCGUAGUCGCUCAUAGGGACAUAUCUAUCCGGAUAGAGGAUAGUCUAGAUCGAUUCAUAGAUAGAUUUCUAUCCAUAUAGAUAGGUAUCUCCGUGGAUAGAGAUAAAGAGAGGGAUCCAUCUAGUCACUAUUUCCAUUUUAGAUUUUCUUAAUUCUGAUUGUUUUUUUGACGACAAGUUUUAAAUCUUAAUGCAGGCAAGGUGAAAUGAAUUUCAAUUAUUACUUGCUGGGUCGGAACGUAGACGAGCGAGCAGAGCCCAGGAAACAGGGAAGCCCGUCAUAGAGCAGUCGACUAGAAGUAGAAGACUGACUGAUGGCCUGAGAGAAAGCGGCCUCUCUCGGGAAACAUGGCAAAAUUUCUCUUCUUUCUUUUUGAUUUCGGGUUUCUUUAUUUAUUUUUAGGGGCCCAGAACGCUAAAGGGGAGAAGCAAACCGAACCUCUAAUCGACCUAGACACAUAAAAAAUGCUCGGCGUCGAAAGAGAUUUGAGAUUCCGUAAGUAACUCAGUGAGUGCUUUCUAAGAAGGGCUUGGCUUGGAAAAAGAAAAUGAAAUACGAACAACCGCGCUGGUCGUAAUAGAUCGACUUUCAUGCUAGUUCUUGCUCCAGUAUGAAAGUUCCAUUUCAGGGAAGGACGACGUACCAUGAUACUUUCUGUUUUGUCGAGCCCUGCUUUGGUCUCUGGUUUGAUGGUUGCACGUGCUAAAAAUCCGGUACAUUCCGUUUUGUUUCCCAUCCUAGUCUUUCGCGAUACUUCAGGUUUACUUCUUUUGUUAGGUCUCGACUUCUCCGCUAUGAUCUUCCCAGUAGUUUAUAUAGGAGCUAUAGCCGUUUUAUUCCUAUUCGUUGUUAUGAUGUUCCAUAUUCAAAUAGCGGAGAUUCACGAAGAAGUCUUGCGCUAUUUACCAGUGAGUGGUAUUAUUGGACUGAUCUUUUGGUGGGAAAUGUUCUUCAUUUUAGAUAAUGAAACCAUUCCAUUACUACCAACCCAAAGAAAUACGACCUCUCUGAGAUAUACAGUUUAUGCCGGAAAGGUACGAAGUUGGACUAAUUUGGAAACAUUGGGCAAUUUACUUUAUACCUACUAUUUCGUCUGGUUUUUGGUUCCUAGUCUUAUUUUAUUAGUAGCCAUGAUUGGGGCUAUAGUACUGACUAUGCAUAGGACUACCCACGGAGCGGUGAAAAGACAGGAUCUAUUUCGACGAAAUGCUAUUGAUUUUAGGAGGACUAUAAUGAGGAGGACGACAGACCCA